AGUAGCACCCCCGACGCGCUGGAGGCUGGCGGGCACUCGCAGUUUCCUCGUCGGAGUCCCGCGUGCGCGCCGCCGCCGCGUCCGCGUGCUCGAACGUCUGGCCGCCGCCCGUGGAUCGGACAUGACGACGCAUGCCACCCGCAGCCCUCGCUGCUUCGGCCCAGGUGCUGACGCGCUGCUGGCCUGAGGUGCUGCCUUGGGACCGCUCGGACCUCCGUCUGCCACAGUCCCAGAAGGUACACCAAGAGGCGCUUCUUCGAGCCACUGACGUCGCAUGGACCCGACGACACCGCGCUGGGCGCGCUACCCGACGCAGCUCUCCCGGAGAGCGCUCUAGAAUGGCCCAUGCGGACAGCAACGACUCCACGAUGACAAGCAGUCAGGAGGAAGACCCCAAGCAGACUGUCGUGUCCGAGAACUCGCGCAAGAGGAAGCGUCUCAGUGCCGUGCUCGACAAGCUCGCCAUCCAAGUCGAGCGCCGGGGAAACUCGGACGACGACAGCAGUCGGACUGCGGCACCUGGCCGCGCGUCUCCGGACGUGGACGGCGAGAGCAGCAGCAACGGCAGCAGCGCAGACUGCGACCGGACGCUAGGCGAGGCCCCGCUGCGCUUCGACCACGUGUUGCACCCGAAGCAGCCGGCUAGGGUGCCGUCCGCUGAGCCGGCCGCGAUGCCGAGCCCGCCGCGCACGGCCGAGAAGAGAUUCCUCGUGGGGCCCUGCUCCCUGCAGAGCCCCGAAGAGAGGGGGGUGCUGUCGUCCAUCGAAAGGCGCUGUAGUCCGCGAGACGACGACGACGCCAGCCGUUGCACGCCGUCCAAGUCGCCCCGCAACGGCCUCUUCACUCCACCGACUUCGGACUCGGCCACGUCGGCUGGUACGGACGCCGGCAGCGCCGAGUCCCACCGGGGCAUGCCGAGUCCCGACGUGGUGGACGACGAAGAAGGCUUCCUAAACGGCAGCGCCGGCGACCUGUUCCUGGCGGAUCCGGCGCCCCAGACGGCGUCCCCGCUGCCCUUCCUCGAGUCCAGGAGCGCGAUGGGCAGGCCGUCAUCCAAGCAGCCCGCGCUUCCGCCCCCCACAUUCCCCAUCUGCAACUGCCGCCACUGCAGACUGCUGGCGGGCCACGCGGCGUCCGGCAGGUUCGGCGCCCACCACCCGCCGCCUUUAGUCAUUCCCUGGGACGACCAGGACCGCCGCUUUCUGGAGGGCAUCAAGCCCUCGUCACCUGUCUCUCCGCUCACACCGGUGUCCCCGGUCCAGCCCGUUGGCGUCCUCGAAGUCCUGCAAGCCCACCUGCUGCCGGAGGUGGUUCGGCGCAGGGCGUACUCGGACCCAGAGUCCCACUGGGAGGCCGCCACACCCGUGCCGCCAGCAGAAGCGGCCCGUACCACCGACGCCGUCCCACCUCCGCGGCCGCUCCGGGUUUCCCAGCUCCUUAACAAGUCCACGGGCCCAUGCCCCGAUUCGCCGAUGCCUCAGGACUGCCCGCUUGACCUGUCCGUCAAGUGCGAGCCGAGCAGCCCGCGGCUGAGCGAGCCCGACGUCAGCCCCGUGGACCUCGUGCGGGGUGGCCCGGUCUUUCCCAAGAGCCCGGCUUGCGAUAGCGGCCAGCCCCCCGUUGAUCGGGGCGCUGCGGCCAAGAGCAGACUCCAGGAGCGGCGCGAAGCGUUCCGGCGCACGCCGACGUCGACCACAGAACGCGACAAGCCCGCACGCCGGGCACGAGCCUCGUCGGCGGCCCUGGUAGCGUCGUCCGACGCCGGGGGCCGGAGCCCGCGAGCCUACGUGUGUCCCGUGUGCAGCCAGAUGUUCACGCAGCACGAUCGACUCGCCAAGCACAUGGCGUCGCGGCACAAGGCCAAGCCUACCGAGCAGCAGGCGACGCGGGACGGCGGUCCGCAUGACGACGCGUCGUCCACCACGAAGGCGUACGUGUGCGACGUGUGUAAGCGCUCGUUCGCGCGCAGCGACAUGCUCACUCGCCACAUGCGGCUGCAUACGGGCAUCAAGCCGUACACGUGCAAGGUGUGCGGCCAGGUGUUCAGUCGCAGCGACCACCUCAGCACGCACCAGCGAACGCACACCGGGGAGAAACCUUACAAGUGUCCGCUGUGUCCGUACGCCGCCUGCCGCCGGGACAUGAUCACGCGGCACAUGCGCACUCACGCCCGCUACGAGCUACCGGACAGCAGCAGCUCGAGCCUGGACGACGACUCGCCCAAAGCCCGAGACGGCGCCAAGCGCUCCGGGGCCUCGCAGCGGCGCAGUGUCAGCCCCUCUGCGCCGGGCUCCGCGGCGCUGGACGGCGACGCCCUUGCGCUGCGCGACAGGUUUUGGGAAGAAGAUGUAACGAGUAACGUGACUUCGGCUACGUCCCACGAAGCCAAGACGCCGUCCUCCACUCCACAGUGCCCCUGGUCAAAGAAGAAGCGAACAGACUCUAAUUAAGGCAGCAGGGGGGGGAGGGGGGCACCUGUCCCCGCCUUCCACCCCUCUCCACUGAUCUCCCGCGUGCUCGUGUGUGUGUCCACGGAGAUGGCCCUUCUGUGUUCACGUCAUCCUCAUUCAGCCGGAAAACAGCAACGGACUUGCCUCCAAGUGCGGUGUGAUAUUUGUGUACAUAGGUGGCCGCGGCGGCGACUGGAGGCAGCGCCGCUUUUGCGACAAGACUUUAAGUCGCCUCUUCACCUUAUCCCGGCGGAACGUACCAAGAAGUACACCUGUGCUCUUCUUUACAUUUUUUUUUAUUCGGUCCUGUUCCUUCGUUCUUCCAAGUCGGCGACGCCAUUCCUAGUUUUUCGCCCAUUUUUUUUUGUCAUUGUUGUUGUUCUUUCUUGUUCCCUGCGAUUCGUUGAGCGACCUCCUUCCCUGCGACAUCAGCGUCUUUUGCGAUAGAGGCGAGUCCCACAAAGCGAGCAUUCAGCUAAAGGCUGCAUCAGAUGUAAGCGAUUUAGCGAACGACGAGACGAGCGACGAGACUGAGCGACGAGCGACGGAGAUUUCCCACUGUAGCUG